GAUCCAAUGAUUCGGAUAUCCAGAUCUUGAAAGCCAUCUUGAAAAGAGUUCGGAGGACAUCUGGGCCCCGUUUGGUUUCUCUGGGCAGUUCCUAGCACGAAUUCCUUUUGCAUCGUUCCUCCCCCUGCCUUGCAGCUUGCAGGAUCUCCAGCACCUCCACGCCUCGAUCCAGAUCCAGCAGCUGAAAGAUGGAUGCGAACAGACGCCAGAGUGGAAUUCAGCAGUUGUUGGCUGCAGAGCAAGAGGCUCAGCGGAUUGUAAAUGCAGCUAGGGCAGCCAAAUCGGCAAGGCUUAGGCAAGCCAAGGAAGAAGCUGAGAGGGAAAUAGCUGAAUACCGUUCCCAAAUGGAGGCUGAAUUCCAGAGAAAGGUUGCAGAGGAAGAAGAAGAUGGGAGAAGAAGAAAAUAGAGAGAGGAGAGGGUGGGGAAGAGGUAGAAGAAGACAUCAGCCCCCCUUACGUCUCUUGGCUAGAUCCGCCACUGAACGUUGCUGUGCGGUGAAUAUAUGAUUGCAACCUUUUGUAUCUCUCAAUUUCUUUAUAUCAGAGGGGUAAUAAAGGAUUUGUCACUUAUAGCUGUAAUUCCAUGUUAUUGAUCACAGAAUAAGCUGCUGCAGUUUAGCAGCAAACCUGCCUUGUACUAUCAGAACUUGGUGAUCAUUUGGUAUCAGUAAAUAUUGUGUUUUCUGGUUUCUUUGAGGAGA